AUGGAGAAGGGAACUGUGAGGAGAUUACAAAUUGAAGAAUCGAUUUUCCGUCAACAAGGGGCAAACACGUCGUUGAAUUAUGUUACUCGUGUUCUAUUUUGUGGACCUCACUUUCCAGAUUCUCAGAAUUUUACAAGAGAAUACUUGAAAGACUAUCCAAUGGUUCAGAUUGAUGAUAUUCCACUUGAGAAUGUGUCCGCUAUGAUUGGUGACUAUGAUAUUUGUGUGGUUAAAAACUUCGAAAUGAACUCUGAUGUCAUCUCUCGUGCCAAGAACAUGAAGCUCAUAAUGCAAUUUGGAGUUGGGCUCGAUGGUGUUGACAUAAAUGCUGCGACAAAACAAGGAAUAAAGGUGGCUAAAAUUCCAAGUGGCGAAACUGGAAAUGCUGCUUCAUGUGCUGAAAUGGCCAUAUAUCUAAUUUUGGCUCUUUUGCGUAAACAACAUCAAAUGGAAAUUGCUGUGAAGCUUAAAAGGCUUGGGGAGCCAAUUGGUGACACCUUGUUAGGGAAAAUUGUGUUUAUCAUGGGCUUUGGAAACAUUGGAGUGCAUCUGGCAAAACGUUUGCGUCCAUUUGAUGUGAAAAUAAUUGCUACCAAAAGGAGCUGGAGAGGAUUAUGCAUUGGGAUUAAUGGUACUAAUUAUAAUUAUGAUGACCUGGUUGAUGAGAGAGGAAGCCAUGAUGAUAUUUUAAAGUUUGCAAGCAAAGCUGAUAUUGUUGUCUCUUGUUUACCUAUGACUACUGAAACUAUUGGCAUAGUGAAUAAUGAUUUCAUAUCUGCGAUGAAAAAGGGUGCCCUUCUAAUUAAUAUAGGUCGAGGUGGUGUUUUAGAUUAUGAUGUUGUUUAUAAUAAUCUUAAACUAGGACAUUUGGGAGGAUUAGGAAUUGAUGUUGCUUGGACUGAACCAUUUGAUCCUCUUAAUCCAAUUCUUCAACUUCCUAAUGUUAUAAUUACACCUCAUGUUGCUGGUGUCACUCAAUCCUCCGUUAGAUACAUGGCCAAAGUUGUUGGGGACGUUGCUCUUCAACUCCAUGCAGGAAAAAUGUCUUAUAUUGGAAUAGAAAUCGUCAACUAAAGCAGUAUACUAAAGAAGUACUCUUUAUAUGAUGUACA